UAUGAAACAUAUUUAACUAUUGUGUACAAAGCAAAUAUUUUGUAAAAUUUUGUGUUUGCCAUAAAAAAUUUUUGCAUUUCGUUGCGAGCGUUUGCCGACGCGCGCGUAGUAUGGAAAGCAACGCAUUUGGUAGCAGCCAUUUGCCGUCACAAGCUUUAGUCGUACUUUCGGAGGCUGCUUCCGGUUUGCAUGAGGCUUUGAGGGGCCAACGGCCUUUCCCACCAAGAUUACCAGACGCCAAAGAUCUCCACAAUAUGUCACUUGUCGGUAGCUAUGGCACACACCUGCUGCACAGUUUCCAUCCACACCUGCUACAGACGCUCAAUCAUGGCAUGCUUGCGGCAAAUGGCGGUCCAGCGAGUUAUUUCGCCAGUGAUCGUGGACUUGGCAAGCCGUCGGUGUUGUCGAAUUUUCAAUUGCCGUCGGCGUUUUCACCACCCAAAUAUAUUGGCAUAUCAUUGGAUCAGAAUCUCUUCAAUGGCAACGAUUCAUUUCGUACAGAUUCGGCGAGUCCCACUUGCACAUCGCACGAGUCGAUGGAGGGAUCAAAUGAUUACGACAACGGUGAAAAGGGUGAAAGUCCGCGCAGCAACAACUCCGAUCCGAGGGAUUUAAGGCAUAUCCACAACAACAAUGGCGGUGGUGGCAGCAGCAGUAGCAGUAGUAGUGGUGGUGGUGGUGGUGGUGGUCUUGGUGGAAUCAAAGCAUCAUCCGCAGCAGCAACGGCAACUUCCAUGGCGGCAGUCGUAGCCGCCUCAGUGGCGUCAACCACAUCCUCGCCCGCGUCAGUAAGUCAUCUCGGACAUCACCAUCAUCACACACAUCAUCAUCACCAUCAUCCGAACAAUGGCCUUUUGGCUGCAGCCAGUUUGGGUGGCAUGGGCGGCCUGGGCAUACCGGUAAGCUGUGCCGGUUUACGUGGUGUGGCGAGUGGUCUCAGUGGCUUGACCACAACUGUUGGUGUUGGUGUGGGCAUUGGUAGCGGUGGCAGUUCGAGUGGUAGCAAUAGUAGUGGUGGCCUUCUGAAUGCACUGAGUCUACCGCCUGGGCAUGUGCCAGAUAUUUGCCCAAUCUGUGGUGUUAAAAUUUCGGCUGAAGAAUGGAAUUCACACUUUUUAACCGAAUUAGAUCGGCUCUACAAAUUGAGCUCGGGCAUGGAACGUACGAAUUUACAGGCAUCCUAUAUGUUUGCGCCGCCAUGUCCGGCGCAAGAGAACGCCAUACGCACCAGCCACAAUCGUUGGGAGACUUUCCAAAGGAUACGCAAUAAUAGACAAAAUCGCUUAAGAAUAAAAGGUCGAAAACGAAAAUAUGGCAACGAUCUGUACUUCAUGGAGAAUCUCUUCUGCAAUUCAUGUCCGAUUUGCAAACGAAAAUAUGCAAUUGAAACUGGCAAGAUGCCACCCGAGGAGGACGUUAAAAUGCAAGAAGAGAUCGAAACGGUUGACGUUGAGAGUUGCAAUGAUGAUGUCCCCGAUUCCGGCUCUGAACUGGCAACACACUCCGCACUCGGUGCGAGCAGUCUGAGCCACGGACAUCACGGCAACAUGAGCAAUGCGACAUUAAGCAGCAACAUGCAUAGCAAUAAUAAUCAACCAGGAAAGUUAGACGGCAUCUUGUACCGCACAGCGCGCGAUACAGGUGGCAACGAAGAUGAUUUAAAUGCUACAAGUACCAGUGGUAGUGGCGGUGGAGGAGGCGGAGGCGGAGGCGGUGGUAUGGCACAAAAUUGGAGUCAAACACAACAUCACACAGCUGCGACAAUUACAACGCAGCAAGGACAUAUCAGCGUGAAAAAUGUCAGCGAACUGUCAUCGACAACUCAUCACUUCUACAACGCGGACUCGUGCGGUGCUGUUGAAGAGCGCGCCAGUGGCGGUGGCAAUUGUAAUGGCAAGGAUGUUGCGAUGGAUACGUGCAAUGCCAACGACAGCGAUGAGGAUGUGAUUGUGGAUGAUGAUGAUUCCAUUAAAAUGACGAAUCUCUGCAGCAGCAAGAAGCGAAAGUAUGAGGAGACUGUGGUUAGUAGCAGGACAUCAGAUAACCCAUCGCCAAUGCUCGAACAGGAGCGUCCACGCUCCGAGCCGCAAGUGACUAGCACAGAGCCAAAUAUGGAAAUAGCUAAUAAUAAUAAUAACAACAACAAUAACAACAAUCCAAAAUAUAGCACAUUCGAAGAGUUGCGCGCUAAACAACAGCAGCAACAACACCAACAAGCUGAACCAAAUAAUAUGCAUAGCAUGAGUGGCAGAGACGGUGGUGGCCCAAAUGCGAACCUAAUGCCGCCGGGACACACGCAAUUGGACACAAAGGUGGGAUUUAGUUCGGAAAAUAAGCCGGACGAUGAAAACAAAUGUUUCAUUUGUAAGACAGGUAUAAAGGAUUUUGCCACGGAAUCCUUUUUUCGCGGUCGCAAUUUGUAUUUUCAUCAGAGUUGUGCCAAUGUGAUGAGUAGUUAUCGUUUAAAUAAGGAUUUACAACAGCAGCAACAAAACCUGAUUCAACAACAGCAACAACAUCAGCAGCAACAACAACAACAACAACGGGAAGCGCCAAAAUCACCAUCACCCCAGCAAUUGGUGAAUCUUUAAGAAUUUAUUAAAAACAAUCAUACCCCAAAACACCGUUAUAAAUGGAGUAAACUGCAUACAAACAAACAUUGAUUUGCAAACACACUUUAGGGAUGUACUUUUGCGCGGCUGAAUUUUCUGUAUGGGCAUAAACAUUAACUCGGUCCGCUUUUUUGUGUUCAAAAAAGUGUUUCUAUUGUAAAAUAGGUAAUUCACGGUAUUGUUAUAAAUAAUGAGUACUGCUGGCAUUCGGAAGGCUCGG